CCUCCUCGCCCAGCCCGGCCCGGCAGCGGGAGGAGGGCGCAGAGCGCAGACAUGGCGGCCAACAUGUACCGAGUGGGAGAUUAUGUUUAUUUUGAAAAUUCCUCCAGCAAUCCGUAUCUCAUUAGGCGAAUUGAAGAGCUUAACAAGACUGCUAAUGGAAAUGUGGAAGCAAAAGUGGUGUGCUUCUACAGGAGAAGAGAUAUUUCCAACAGCCUCAUAAUGCUUGCAGAUAAGCAUGCUAAAGAAGUUGAAGAAGAGUCUGAAACUACAAUUGAGGUUGACUUGACUGAUAAACAGAAACAUCAGCUGAAACACAGAGAGCUCUUCCUUUCUCGCCAGUAUGAGUCUCUUCCGGCAACUCAUAUCAGGGGAAAAUGCAGCGUUGCACUUCUGAAUGAGACAGAAUCUGUGUUGUCGUAUCUGGAGAAAGAGGAUACUUUUUUUUAUUCAUUGGUGUAUGAUCCAUCACUGAAAACGCUUUUGGCAGACAAAGGAGAAAUCAGAGUGGGGCCCAGAUAUCAAGCAGAUGUGCCUGACAUGCUUGCAGAAGGAGAAUUAGAUGACAGAGAACAGGCAAAGCUGGAAGUAAAAAUAUGGGAUCCAGAUAGCCCCCUUACAGACCGUCAGAUUGACCAGUUUUUAGUUGUAGCACGUGCGGUUGGCACGUUUGCUCGGGCAUUGGACUGCAGUAGUUCUGUCAGGCAACCUAGUUUACACAUGAGCGCGGCUGCUGCUUCCCGAGACAUCACAUUGUUUCAUGCAAUGGAUACAUUGCAUAAACAUAACUAUGAUUUGAGCAGUGCCAUCAGUGUUCUGGUGCCAGUUGGAGGACCUGUCUUGUGUAGAGAUGAAAUGGAAGAAUGGUCAGCAUCAGAAGCUAGUUUGUUUGAAGAGGCAUUGGAAAAAUAUGGAAAGGACUUCAACGAUAUUCGACAAGACUUUCUCCCUUGGAAGUCGUUGACUAGUAUCAUUGAAUAUUACUACAUGUGGAAAACUACUGACAGAUAUGUGCAGCAGAAACGUCUGAAAGCGGCUGAAGCAGAAAGUAAAUUGAAACAAGUAUACAUCCCCACCUACAAUAAACCAAAUCCCAAUCAAAUAUCCAGCAACAAUGGAAAACCUGCUACGGUCAAUGGAGCAAUGGGAGCCUCUUACCAGGCACAGGCCUCACUAAUAGGGAGGGCUUGUGAAAGCUGCUAUACUUCACAAUCUCACCAGUGGUACUCUUGGGGUCCUCCUAAUAUGCAGUGUAGACUGUGUGCUUCUUGUUGGAUUUACUGGAAGAAAUAUGGUGGCCUGAAAAUGCCCACACAGACAGAUGAAGAUAAACUCUCUUCCAACCAACCUGCAGAGGAAUCCCAUGUUAGAACUCAUAUGUCCCGGCAGGCCACACAAGGAACUCCAGUUCGUAACACUGGAAGUCCAAAGUCAGCUGUGAAAACACGCCAAGCUUUCUUUCUUCACACAACGUGCUGGACAAAACUUGCCCGUCAGGUCUGCAAAAAUACCCUUCGGCUGCGGCAGGCAGCAAGACGUCCCUUUGUUCCUAUUAACUGUGCUGCCAUUAAGGCAGAAUAUGCAGAUCGGCAUUAUGAAAUUGCUGGAAAUCCUCUGAAGAUCAAAAGUACCAGAAAACCACUGUCAUGUAUCAUUGGGUAUUUAGAGAUUCACCCUGCAGCGAAACCCAAUGUAAUCAGAUCAACACCAAGCCUUCAAGGUCCAAGUACAAAACGACUGCUUGCACCCUCCAAUCACUCUUCACUAAGUAUUUUAGGAAAAAGGAACUACAGCCAUCAUAAUGGUCUUGAUGAAUCAUCCAGCCACUCUACAAGAACAAUAAUGCAUGCUGCUCCCCGUGUUCAUAUAACUAAUGGUAAGGCCUUGCAAGCCAGUGCAAGUACCAUUAAGACAAGCGCCAUUCCAGUGAUAAAGAGACAGCGGCAAAAUUGGCUUGAUGCUUCAGAUGAUGGUUUCUUUAUAGCCACGGAAGAGACCAGAAAAAUCCGUAAGAAGUUUACCAAGUUGCAGCUGAAAAGAGCUUCCAGAACACCUUGUUCUCCAAUUCUUGUGAAGACAAAAUCUCUCAUGAACAAUAGGCAGGCACGAAUAGAGCCGAGAACCAUCACGCAUUGAAGACACAACAGCAUCAGCAACAUAAUUAUGUUAAAAUCUUGUUUAAUUGUGAACACAGAUACAACGUGACCUUCCACAUCUUCAGGACCUAUAUGGACACUGUGGCUGGGUUCUGUGUUCUGGUCAGGAUCCAACAGUAGCCCUUGUUCUCCUUUGUCUCUGUAAGGGCUACUUAAGGUUUGCUGUGCAGGCCUAUUGAUGAUUGUCCUGCUAUCUCCCCCACUUCCCCUCAUCACACUUGGAUGGUCAGAGAGGGACUAUUCAUACUGACCGCAAGGAAGAAAUAUGGAUGCGGUGUACCCCUCACAAUUUUGUCUAUGCCUUCUAGUGGUGUGAUACAGAAAUAAGCACCUUUAAAAACAAUUGCAGUGUCUUUGUAACAGGAUUUAGCCUAUAGGAGUCAGCAUCUUCAAAAAGUGCUGCAGACUUCAAAUGUUUGAAUUUUUUAAUAUUGGCUUGAAUCACUUUGGAUUUGAUUUUCUGAUCUGCUGAGCAACCAGAAGCUGGAAUGAGGAGUUGUUCAGCACUUCUGAAACUUGAACCAAAUUAGGUAGUGCUCAGAAUUAGUGGCCCAUUUUAAAAUGCUGACCAUAUUAACUUUGGUUAAAAUCCUAGAAAGUAUCAUGUGUGGCCAUGACCAUCUGGCUGGUAUGGUUAUCUAUAUAUUUGCAAGCAUCCACCUAUUUGUUUGGGGAUUUUUAGCAUUUCUUGAAGUCUAUUUUGAACAGUCAAAGCCAGCAGAAUGCCAUUCCCAGGAAAACAUGAGGAAAUAAGAGUAUUUCCUAUUAGCAAUGACUCUCCACUAAAUAAUUACUACAUUUUUAUACUUAUGGACAAGAAAGUUGUCUUGCUGCAGAAUGCUUUGAAAUUCAUACUUGUAAGGCUACAGGUGGAGACUUACCAUGGAGAGAUGAUGUGCCUUUUGUAACUACUUGUAGGAAGCUGUCAGUCCCCCUGAAAGUGGGAAUGGCAACAGAGGCAGGUCUUUUUUCUACUCAGGUACUUACAGGUGAAUAAUCUCUGCCCUACUUUGAGAUCGAGAGGCAAGCAGUGUGUAGCACUGCUGUGUAAACCUAAGCUGAGAUAUACUGAUUAUCUUAAGCAAGGUAUGUCUUUCAAUAGAUUUUGUUUCCAUAUGCCUUUUAACAGAUAGUCAGACACUGAACGCAUCACUAUAAGCUGGAAUAAACUUCAAGAUGUUUUUUCUAGUUCUUUACUAGGUAACUCUAGCGGCACUGUAUUAUCUGGCUAUGGAUAUAUGCCCAGCUCUGUGGUAAGAAAGAUGAAGGUGUAAGUAGUAUCUCAUACCUCUUGGUGAUUCCCCCCCUUCCCCUUCCUGAAAUAUACACCCCACGCUAUUUACAGUUUCAGUCUGAAAGAUCAUCUGUGAUACCAGCCUGUAACUAGCCAUGCUGACCAUGUCAGAUUUUGAACACUUGAGACAGUCACCCAGACGCUUCCUUGAGAAAGAAAGCACACUGACCUUCUGAAGGAACUUGAUUUUACAGAGUGACGGAUCCAGGUCUUGUCCACUGUCCUUCACCAGCAAGCGAAGGGUGAGUAAGGAGGAGAGAUUUGGACCUGAAAUGUUUCUAGUACCCUGAGCACCCUACUGAAUGUCACUGAUUGGGAAUCAAUUGGAGAAGACCUGGGAUUCAUCCGCUUACAGAUUUUUUUCCAGGAGCCACUGAAGUGUGCAGCCCUGGGAUUCUCUUCUAUCCACACAAUCUGCUUUUUCCUCACAACAGGAGAGUAUUUCAUCAGAUACUGAACAGCCACAACCCAUUCUUAUUAGAAAGAAUUGCCUUUAUUAACUGCGACAUAUGGAAACACCUUCUGCAUAAUAGCUUUCUCACCCAUUAAAAUAAAGAAAGCAUGAUUACUCAGCAAUCUAUUUGACUGAAAGUAUGAAAAACAUAAGCAGAAAGUGCUUUGCCUCCCUCAGGCACCCCUGAAAUCACACACAACAGACUCAUUUUCAAAGUGUCUUUUGCUGUAAGGUGAUGGAUAUCUUUUUUUACCCUGCCUUAUUAAGCCUGUACUCGAAUUAUUUCAGUCAGUGUGCUACAGUAUCUAGCCAGUAUUCUGUAAAAUCCUCGUGUGUUUCUGCCUUUGACAAAAGUAUUAGUAUUUGUAACAGUCCCUUGUGACAUCAUUUUUUUUUCUGUCCCUCUGAGGAGUGAGAGAUUCAUAACGACUCCCUGUUAUGCAGCUUGAUGCAACUUAACAUAUUCUGCAUCAAGCAUCCAAGGUAAGGAAGAGUUCUCCCUUGCAGCUUCAAGCCAAGGGAAUUCAUCAGGAAGCAGUAGAAGUAAUGCUGUGACCCUGCCUGGCAAAGUUGUGCCACUGGUCACAAUAGCCAACAGCCAACACUUGCAGAGGUUUAACGCAGUGGAGACUGUUCACUGAUAUAACACUGAUAUAACCAUCCUCAAACUGCUUUGCAUGCAGCUGCAUGGAGACCUUCCUUCCUCUAAAAUGCACACAGUGCACAGAGAAACUGCACGCCGCGUAUCGCACCUUUGUCUUUACAUGCUCUCUCUCAAUCUUACCCUUCCUGUGAGAUGUUCUCCAGGGAUGGAUACAGAAUUUACCUGUGAAUUUCAACAGAAAGCAAUGAUGGAAGAUUAGGUGAAAAUAUGUUCCCGCUUCAUUUGAUUUCUGUAGAAAUUGUGACAGUUCUUUCCGCAGCAUCUCGCAAUUCCAUGCUGUCUGAUGAGUUGAAUUUUGUUUUUUGUUUCCUGCUGACCUUGAGCGAAGAUGGCACAUUCCUGUGUAAGUUAUAACAGUACUGUUUUUAUCAAGCUUCUCAAGCUAGUUAUUUUAAACCUAGCUAACAUAUCUCAGUCAUCAACAAUGACACUGAGUAUAAACAUAUGCCUCAGAAGAAAGGACAAGACAUUUGGUUCUUAACAUGGAUGUGAGCAAGAAAAUCUAGGCAGCUUCAGUACUGUGUUUGCAAUAUGAUUUAUUUUCUUGUUAGCUAAAUAAGAAAGCUAUCUGAAAAACCACCUCUCCCUUUACAACUACAGAGUUCAAAAACCAUGCAAAAUACAUGCUCAUUUUUUUGUCCAGAGGUCUCAUAUAAAGAGGAAGAAGAUUUUGUUAAAAUUCAAAUGUCCAUGUUACCAAUUUCAAGUAUGUAGCUAAUCUGCAGUCUUGAAAUAUUUAGUAUAUUUUUUUAGAUUAUUUUUCAAGGUUAUGACUUGGUCAAGGAAGCUUUGGUUAUGUAGGAUGGAAAAAUGAGAUCUGGGAAUACUUGAAAUACAUUGGCGACAUUCCAACUACAUCCUGAAUUGGUUUUUUAUUUUGAUCAAAAGCAAAUAUUUGUUUCUGUAGUUCAAAACUUACAGCAUGGUACAAGAAAAUGGGGAUUAAAAAUGAAAAGAACGAAUGAGUAGAAAAAGAAUGAACCAGAGUCGGCACUUACAAGAUGCGCACCUUUUAUUAAACUGAAGCAAGCCCUUUUUUUUUAAUAAAUAUCAUUUUAACCUAGGCACUUUCCUAAUUAUAAAGUUACAGAUAAAGUGGAAUGGCUGCGUAGUAGUUUCUGGUAUAGUCACAGCAUUAUAUCCUACAGCCUUGUGUAGAGAACAAUUAUACUCCUUCUGAAAUAUUAUAUUGCAAAAUACAAUAUUGUAGACACAGUGCAUUUGUAUAUGUGCAAUGCUGUGGUAAUGGAAGUCUGUUAGAAUCCUCUGGAAAUGUCAGCAAAAAUAUUUUUGUUUUACGUUUCUUCUUGAAGGUCUUUUAUGUAAACCCGUGUCUUCAUAAACCAGAGUGGGUGUCGAAAGUUUAUAUAACUGCAGAGUGGAAUUUUUUGGAGUAAGUCAGGACUUUUUUAUUCAAAUGUUGCAUGUAGAGGGAGGAAACCUAAUUUUGGAAUACAUGAGUUUUGGGUAAGAGUUUUCAGAUUGUACUAUGCAAUGAUCAACACAGAUUUGCAGAGUAUGCUCCUGUUGCUCAUAAAGGCUUAACAGUUGUUACUGAAAUACAGUAUUGAAAAUUAAAAAGAGAAGCAUAAAAAGCUGUCAUUUUUAGAAUUCUUUAAAUUCUUUAGAUUGCAAGUGAAUUUCUCAAAGGAAUGGUAAAACUGGGAGGAUCAAUGCUGAAUAUUUGAGGAUGUGGAGCACCUUAGAAUGAAAUAUAUUACUGUCUGAUUUGCAUUAAAGUGUCUUUGUGCACAAGCUUUAUGACUCUUGGUCCUUU